AUUUUUACGACAUCACACCGAUUGCCGUAAAGCAUGAAAUGAAAUCUAGCGCGAAGUGUCACUUUACAACAAACAUUUUAGACGUAAACAAAGCAGUUGCAACAUAGAAAUCAGUAAUUAUGGAAUCAGACGAUAAAUCAGAAGUACCGGAAGAUUUGUUUAAAGAUGUCACCUUUUACAUUGUUGGAGACAUUUCGGAGAAUGUAAUAGACAUUCUGUCCAAGUAUGGAGGAAAGAGAGACACAUACCUCAGUGAAAUGGUGAGUCAUGUGAUUGCCGAUGAUAUAGAGAACCAUGAAUACCAGGAAGCGAGGGAACUGUUUGAACUGCCUUGUGUAAUGAGUGAGUGGGUGCUGUUGUCAGUAAAAUGCAAGAAAAUGCUGGACAAGGAUUUGUUUGCACCAGAAGGAAGAGUGUUUUCUGGUGUAGUUGCCUGCCCCUCACAGCUAGAAGAAUCGGAUUGGCUGUCACUAUGGGGAAUGAUUGUUUACAAUGGAGGGCGUUGCGGAGGAAACCUAACAGAAAAAUGUACACAUCUGAUAACAGCUAAACUAGAAGGGCCGAAAUAUGAGGAGGCAAUGAAACAUGAAGAUAGUGUGAAAGUUGUAACUCCAGACUGGGUUAGUGAUUGUCUAGACAAGGGAGAGAAGCAGGAUGAGAAUCUGUACCAUCCCAGACUGGUUGUCUGUCCUAAACCACCAUCACCACCUAAACCAGAGUCACCGCCUAAACAAGAACCUAUGGAGACAACCCCUGUUGUUAGUCAAGAGACACAAAGGUUACAAGUGCCGCCUACGGUAGUUGAGAGGCGUUCACCCACAGAGUCUGGCCACACGGGCUCACGCCCAGGAACACCCGGAAGUGCCAGCACAAAAGAGGCUCUGGCUAAACUUGUCAACAAUAGAAUGCAGGAUCCUCCUGGGCCAAGACAGCAGCAAGCGCAUUCUACAUACAUGGGUCAGUAUCCUACCAUUCCGGCACAUCAAGCAGGCUACCGACCUGGUUUGCAUCCUCCUCGACCGCCCCAAGCACAUGGAUUUCCUAUGCACAUGGGAGGUCCAGGUCAGCCUCAUUUUCCGGGUCAAGGUCAUCCUCAAAUUCACCCAGCACACCAACAGAUGCCUCAAGGUCAUCCUCAAGGUCAAGGCCAUCCAAUGCAGCAUCCACAAGGUCAACCUCAGCUCCCACAAGGUCAUCCUCAGAAUCGUCCAGGGCAUCCGCAACAUCCUCCAGGGCAAGGACACCCACAGCAUCCUCAAGGAUUUCCACAACCGCCACAGGCACAUCAUCAUCCCCAGGGGCCACAACAGCCCCCUGGUCCCAGAGGUCAUACAGGGAUUCCACAAGCUCACUCUGUGCCAUCUCAUCACCCACAACAGCAACAACAGCAGCAACAACAACAGCAGACAAAGCUGCGGAACAUUACAAACAGCAUAGAUGUGCACAAACAACAGGGUAAACAGUCCCAACAGCAGAAAGUUGCAGGACAGUUACAGAGACCACCACCUCCACAAUAUUUUCAGCAACCCCCAUGGCCGCAGUACUGGGGUCAUGACCCAUCAGAUAAUAUACCAGCGGACAUGUGUUUACUUGGAUGUAUAUUUUACAUCAACGACUAUCCAAAGACAUUAGAUGUGGAACAAAUAUCUGUAUGGAAAAAGGUUAUCGAGCAACAUGGAGGCCAGGUGGACCCCUCAUACUCUAACAGAGUGACUCAUGUAAUCUGUGCCAACCAAAAAAGUGAUGUCUUCAAUCUGGCUCUGCGGGACCAGCGUCGGCUUGUGACACCGUUUUGGUUAAAUGAUGUUCUAGUGAAGAAAAAGAUGUUACCACCCUGGCAAGCCUUACAUCUGCCAUUGUUAUACAGUGAAGAGGGACAAAGACCAUGCAGUAAUCAGAUAAUCAGUAUUACAAAUUUUGAUGGUGAUGACAGAGAUAGAGUGAAACAGAUGAUCACAGCAUUAGGUGCCAAAUAUACAGGAUAUAUGACACGGUCAAACUCUGUACUGGUAUGUCGCAGACCAGAAGGCCAGAAAUAUCAAAAAGCAAAGGAAUGGCAAGUAGCUGUAGUGAAUGUGCAAUGGUUGUCUGACCUGAUACUGGGACACAUGGAGGCUUUGAAAACUCCUAUACAGAAAUGUUAUCUACAAGUGGGACAGAUGGAUGAAUUCCAGAUGGACAUGAGUAAAGUGCAACAUUUAAUGGUUGCAUGGAGGACACCAUUGAAAGUACCAAAGGAAGUGAUGAAGAAACUGCCUGCGAUGAGGAAGAUGCUUGCUGGUCAAGAGAAUGUUCCAUUAAAUACUCCACCUCCUUCCAAGAAACAAAAACUUGACAGUGAAAAUAAGUUAGAUUUGAGUCAGCCUGGUCCAAGAGUAUUGUUCACAGGCUUCCAAAAAGGAUUUUGUAAACAGCUACAAAUGAUGGUGACGUCAUUAGGAGGUACCGUGGUAGAGAACCCACAACAUUGUACACAUCUUGUUGCUCAGUCUUUCUCCAGAACUAUGAAAUUUUUCAUCGGUAUUAAUGCUUGUCAUCAUAUAGUGAACAAGCAAUGGAUAGAGGAUAGCUACCAACAGCAUACAUUUCUUAACGAGACAACCUACACAUUACAUGACCCAGCCGGUGAAGCAGAAAUGAAGUGUGUGUUGAUGGAAUCUCUUAAAAGGGCCAGAACCAGAUCAUUAUUUACUGGUAUGACAUUUUAUGUAACCCCAAGUGUUCAGCCCCCUGUUUGUGAUCUCAGAAAGGUGAUAGAGAGUGCAGGAGGAACAUUAUUGAAGAGAGGUUUACCAACAAAAGCAAUAGAUACCCUAAAAGAUGAACAGGGUAAACCAACAUAUGUUGUAAUCACUUGUGCUGAUGAUAUACAUCUUGUAGAGGAUGUCAUUAACAACAAUAUAAAGGUGUAUACAGCAGAAUUUGUACUUACUGGAGUGAUGAGGCAGGAGAAAGACUUUGGACAAUUUCAGAUAAGUGUUGAGAGAUGACAUCACAAACACUGAGCAAUUAAAAUAUCACUGAUGGUAUCCCAAUCAGAGAAUGAUGACACCACAAACAUCAAGUUCUGACAUCACAAUUUGACAAUUAUGUCAUCACAAACAUUGAGUGACGACAUCACAAAUUCUGAGUGAUAGCAUCACAGUCUGAGAUCUAUGAUGUCACAGUCUGAAAGUGAUACCAUAAAAAGUGCUUGAUGAUAAAAAUCUAGAUGUGCAGUGUUUUGUCACCAAAAUACUGAAUGAAGACAUCUCUAAUACUGAAUAAUGACAGCACAGUGCCAGAAUGAUGAAAAACUGAAUGAUGACAGGAUAAUGACAUUAUGUACUCUAAAUGAUACCAUAACAAGCAUUGGAUAAUGUCACAAACAUUAAAUGACCACACCACAUGCAUCUGUAGCUAUUUAAUUUCAUUAUUAAUCGAAGGGCAUUACUUUCUACAGUGCUGUGAAGUGGUGACAUUGUGAAAAACUGGUGUUGCUGGUUGUGCUAAAGUAAAACUUGUUUUAUUUCUGUUGUGUAAACAGCAGCUAUUCUUGUAAACUGGACAGGGAUUUCUGAUGUUUUCACCAGUGCUGGAAAAGUCCACCUUACAUUUCGAUGAUUUUCCUGCCAUAAAUGGCAUAUAAUGAACCACACUUGUGUAAUAGAUCAUGACUGGUACAAUAAUAUUUAGUUUUUAGCUCAUCUGAUUUUUUGAAAAAAAAUGAUGAGUUAUUGUCAUCACUUGAGCGGUUGUCGGCGUCGGCGUCGGCGUUGCCUGGUUAAGUUUUAUGUUUAGGUCAGCUUUUCUCCUAAACUAUCAAAGCUAUUGCUUUGAAACUUGGAAUACUUGUUCACCAUCAUAAGCUGACCCUGUAUAGCAAGAAACAUAACUCCAUCUUGCUUUUUGCAAGAUUUAUGGCCCCUUUUGUACUUAGAAAAUAUCAGAUUUCUUGGUUAAGUUUUAUGUUUAGGUCAACUUUUCUCCUAAACUAUCAAAGCUUUUGCUUUGAAACUUGGAAUACUUGUUCACCAUCAUAAGCAGACCCUGUACAUCAAGAAACAUAACUCCAUCCUGCUUUUUGCAAGAAUUAUUGCCCCUUUUGGACUUAGAAAAUCAGUUUUCUUGGUUAAGUUUUAUGUUUAGGUCAGCUUUUAUCCUAAACUAUCAAAGCUAUUUCUUUAAAACUUGCAACACUUGUUCACCAUCAUAAGCUGACCCUGUACAGCAAGAAACAUAACUCCAUCCUGCUUUUUGCAAGAUUUAUGGCCCCUUUUGGACUUAGAAAAUAUCAGAUUUCUUGGUUAAGUUUUAUGUUUAGGUCAACUUUUUCUCUUAAACUAUCAAAGCUAUUGCUUUAAAACUUGCAACUCUUGUUCACCAUCAUAAGCUGACCCUGUACAGCAAGCAACAUAACUCCAUCCUGCUUUUUGCAAUAAUUAUUGCCCCUUUUGGACUUAGAAAAAUCAUUUUCUUGGUUGAAUAUUAUGUUUAAGUCAACUUUUCUCAUAAACUAUCAAAGCUAUUGCUUUAAAACUUGCAACAGUUUUUCACCAUCAUAAGUGGACACUGUACAUCAAGAAACAUAACUCUAUCCUGCUUUUUGCAAGAGUGAUGGCCCUUUUUAGACUUAGAAAAUCAUGGGUAGGACAAUAUUUCUAUUAUACAAAAAAAUCAGAUGAGCGUCAGCACCCGCAAGGCGGUGCUCUUGUUUAAUGUAAAAUUGGAUAAAAAUCAAAAACCUUGAUAGUUUCUCUCUGGUCCUUAUAUUACUGGUACUGUGGAACUUCCAAAAACUGAACCAUCCAAAAAUCGGAAACUUGAAAAAUGUACGAUUUUCUCGGUCAGGACAUUUCUCCUAUUUUCUAUAUAGACUUUACUUAGACCGUACUUCUAAAUACCGGAAUUUCCAAAUUCUGAACACCAGACAAUACUUUUCAAAAACUAGACUUAUUUCAAUACAGUUUUAUUUCCAAAAACUGCAUGACAUGAUAGUAGAUGACUGAAUGCAAAUCUGUGCCUUAUGGAUAAUUUCAUCUACGAUUUCGUAGAUUACCAAUUAUCGGUGACUGAUUAUUUUGACAUGCUUAGAAUUAAAACCUGUCAAUCAUAGGAUCAAAUGACAGCGGAAGAUAUUGAUAAUUAGAUAAUAAUCUGUCAUUGGAGAAAUAGCAGAUUAAAUUUGGAUGUUUACAUCAAACAUCUUCAUGGACUUAUAAUUCUAAUUUAGGUAUCAUUGAAGGCGUGCAUUUGGGUAAGAAAUUGAUUAGCUAGCGUGAAAAUUUAACUCAAGACAAUGGUUUGAUAUCAUAAUUUGUUAAACAGUGACACAAACUGUCUCAACUUCAAGGCUUGGAUGCAGGAAAAAAAUGAGUAAACCCUUCAAAAUCACGACAUUUUAUGACUACUCCAUCAUUUUCAUAAUUAAAAUGACUCGCCAUCGAAAUGUUGUAAAACAUAACUGUCCCUACUGGACAAAAUAGAAAUAAUUUGCAGUCUGAACUUGCUCAAAAUCGCUAAAAAGACUUGUGGUAUGCAGUUGUACUUGUUUAAAUCAUUCCAUACUUCCAAAUACCGGAAACUUCUUAAAACCAGACUUUUUUCUUUUGGUCCCUAGGGUGUGCGAUUUUCGGUAGUUGCAUUGUAUUUUUAUUGAUUCAAAGAACAUUAUAUUAUGGAAACAUGUAACUUUAUGCUACAGAUGAUAAAAUAAAACCAGGACUAGUUUGUCUCUGUAACAUCAUGAUAUCUUCCCUGUUUAUAAUAUAGAUGUAAAUUUCCUAUGCUUUGUUAAAUAUGCUUCUGUAAAAAAAUAGUGCUAUAGAGAAAAUCAUUUGUUUGACUUUGCAUCUACUAUGAAUCAUUGAUUUGUUGGAUACGAUGUGUUAAGGAAAGAAUUAUGUCACUGGUUGUAGGUUUAAAUGGGAAUAUCUGACUCUCAGGGUAACUGUGUACACAGUAAUUUGACAGUCUUGUUACUGCCUAAACAGUUACCCUCAAACUUUAUGUUUCCAUCUGCAUGUACAACCUGUGAAUGAUUCUUGUAUGAUGUAAUCAUUAUUUUAUUGAAAUCUUUUAUACUAUUCAUUCUUAUCUUUCCUAUGAUGUUAAUAUUUCUAUCGAUUACGGAACCAUAUCCUACUGAUUUGGAAAUCAAGACAUUUUACAUUAAAAAGUUAACUCUGUAGAAAUGUUUGUAUAAGAUUAACUUUGGUCAGACUCUAUUAAACAUUUGAAAAGAGAGCCAGAUAUUCCCAUUCUUCAUAAUUAAUUACGGACAAGUGCUAUUUCUGAACACUGUUUGAUUUUGUUUUUGUGUUACACAAAAGAUUUUCAGCAAUUUUUGAAGUCUGUUUUAUUUUGCAGUGUAUUAUGUUAAGAGGUUAAAUGUUUUCUUUACAGUAAUUAAGACAGUUAAUUUGUCUAUUUUGGUUGUGUCUGCAAAGUGAUUUGAAAAUUGAAAAUGGCAUGAAGUUAUGACAUAACUCUCAAGGAUUAUUUUGGGAAAUUUUGCAACAAAUAUAGACUGACGGUAAAGACUUGUUUUGAUAACAAUUAUUAGUGACCCAUUUUGAUGAGCCAGUGAAACAGGACAUUAUGUCAUCACCUGCUGCUGGUUGGGUUCACUUAAGUUGUCUGCCCUCUUACUUGAGCAGUUCAAAAUCCAAUGUUCACCAGAUUUUUUCUUAGUGAUUAUGGGCAUAAUAUCUCAGCAAAGUUUGAUAAUCAGCAAGGUUGUCUUAGAGGUUCUGGAGUUAUGUCCCUUGAUUUGCUUAAAAUUGUGAAUAUUGACAGUGUCUGCUUUCUAUCUUAUAUAGAAUUUACCCAAUAGUCACCAGGCUUGUUCAUAAUGAUGAUGUGUAUAAUAUUUCAGACAAGUUCUACAACCAGCUUGAUCCUUGAAGUAUCUGAUUAAUGGCUCAGCACUUUUUGGUUGAGACAAACUUGUCAGGUUUAGUAAUUGUUUUUAUGCCCCCGAAGGGAGGCAUAUAGUUUUUGAACCGUCUGUCUGUCUGUCGGUCUGUCAGUCUGUCGGUCUGUCCGCAAUUUUCGUGUCCGGUCCAUAUCUUUGUCAUCGAUGGAUGGAUUUUCAAAUAACUUGGCAUGAAUGUGUACCACAGUAAGACGACAUGCAGUGCGCAAGACCCAGGUCCAUAGCUCAAAGGUCAAGGUCACACUUAAACGUUAAAGGAUAGUGCAUUGAUGGGCGUGUCCGGUCCAUAUCUUUGUCAUCGAUGGAUGGAUUUUCAGAUAACUUGGCAUAAAUGUGUACCACAGUAAGACGACGUGCAGUGCGCAAGACCCAGGUCCGUAGCUCAAAGGUCAAGGUCACACUUAGACGUUAAAGGAUAGUGCAUUGAUGGACGUGUCCGGUCCAUAUCUUUGUCAUCGAUGGAUGGAUUUUCAAAUAACUUGGCAUAAAUGUGUACCACAGUAAGACGAAGUGUCAUGCGCAAGACCCAGGUUCGUAGCUCAAAGGUCAAGGUCACACUUAGAUGUUAAAGGAUAGUGCAUUGAUGGGUGUGUCCGGUCCAUAUCUUUGUCAUCGAUGGAUGGAUUUUCAAAUAAUUUGGCAUGAAUGUGUACCACAGUAAGACGACGUGUCACAUGCAAGACCCAGGUCCGUAGCUCAAAGGUCAAGGUCACACUUAGACGUUAAAGAUCAUUUUCAUGAUAGUGCAUUGAUGGGCAUGUCCGGUCCAUAUCUUUGUCAUUCAUGCAUGGAUUUUAAAAUAACUAUGCAUGAAUGUGUGACACAGUAAGGCGAUGUGUCGCGCGCAAGACCCAGCUCCGUAGGUCAAAGGUCCUAAACUCUAACAUCGGCCAUAACUAUUCAUUCAAAGUGCCAUCGGGGGCAUGUGUCAUCCUACAGAGACAGCUCUUGUUUCUUCUUUCUUUUUCUUUGAGUUCAUUUUCAGCAGAUGUUUUGCCAUUUUCUUGAGGUAUAUGAUUAGUUUGUUGUUCUUUUUCUGUUGUUUUAUUGAUUUAUUAUGCAGUUAUUUCCUCAAUAUAUGCAAAAUUAUUAUGUUUACGGAUUUAAAGGACAUUUCUCAACUAAUAAUGUACGUACAUGUGCUGUUAAUGGCUUUUUUAUUGAUAUCAUGUCAAAUAAUAUAGACAUCCAUUAACUAAAAGAUUCAUUUAUUUUUAUGUCAAAGGUAUUCAAGCAUUAUUUUGAGCUUUAUUUGAUAUGAAAUUAACAUACUUUCAAAUGCAGUAGUACAAACCAGGACUUUUUAUGCCCCCGAAGGGAGGCAUAUGGUUUUUGAACCGUCUGUCAGUCUGUCGGUCUGUCAGUCUGUCCGCAAUUUUCGUGUCCGGUCCAUAUCUUUGUCAUCGAUGGAUGGAUUUUCAAAUAACUUGGCAUGAAUGUGUACCACAGUAAGACGACAUGUCGCGCGCAAGACCCAGGGCCGUAGCUCAAAGGUCAAGGUCACACUUAGACAUUAAAGGAGAGUGCAUUGAUGGGCGUGUCCGGUCCAUAUCUUUGUCAUCGAUGGAUGGAUUUUCAAAUAACUUGGCAUGAAUGUGUACCACAGUAAGACGACGUGUUGCGCGCAAGACCCAGGUCCGUAGCUCAAAGGUCAAGGUCACACUUAGACAUUAAAGGAUAGUGCAUUGAUGGGCGUGUCCGGUCCAUAUCUUUGUCAUCGAUGGAUGGAUUUUCAAAUAACUUGGCAUGAAUGUGUACCACAGUAAGACGACGUGUCGCGCGCAAGACCCAGGUCCGUAGCUCAAAGGUCAAAGUCACACUUAGACAUUAAAGGAUAGUGCAUUGAUGGGCGUGUCCGGUCCACAUCUUUGUCAACCAUGGAUGGAUUUUCAAAAAACUUGGCAUGAAUGUGUACCACAGUAAGACGACGUGUCGCGUGCAAGACCCAGGUCCGUAGCUCAAAGGUCAAGGUCACAUUUAGACAUUAAAGGUCAUUUUUCAUGAUAGUGCAUUGGUGGACGUGUCCGGUCCAUAUCUUUGUCAUUCAUGCAUGGAUUUUAAAAUAACUACGCAUGAAUGUGUGGCACAGUAAGACGACGUGUCGCGCGCAAGACCCAGCUCCGUAGGUCAAAGGUCCUAAACUCUAACAUCGGCCAUAACUACUCAUUCAAAGUGCCAUUGGGGGCAUAUGUCAUCCUAUGGAGACAGCUCUUGUUUUAGAUUUAGAUUCAUGUAACCUACAUUUUCUUGAAGAACCUUGUAGGUGGUGAAUAAAAACCAAAAAGGUGGGGGUUGUGUGGGAUUUAAGAAAACUUUUUUUCAGUAAAGCAAACAUAGUGUAAAAUUAGCUAAUAAAUGAGGCCUAAAUUAAUUUUAAACUGUCUUGGCCUAAUAUUUAAUGCUGAAAUCUGAUGUGCAGUAAUUCAAAGAAAAUACUACCAAAUGUCAGUAAUAGACCUGUUAUGUGAUUAUAGCAAGAUGAUGCAAUGAGCUGUGGAUAUUGCUUUUAUGAGCAGAAAAAAGAGAGAACUGUUUGAAUCCACCAUUAGAUAACUGACUUUUCAUCAACAACAUUGGCUAUUUAGUAUCUACUAUUUUUUCUUGCCAUUUGGCUAUUUAUGUGUACUUAAAACAGCACCAUAAAUCGUUUUGUUAUAUGAUUUGAUAACAGCACCAUAUACUGUUGUGUUAUAUGAUUUGAUAACAGCACCAUAUACUGUUGUGUUAUAUGAUUUGAUAAUGCCAAGAGUGAGAAUGCUUGAAUUUAAUAUUUUUAUACUGAAAACAUGUGCUGCUGUUUUGAAUAUAUGUUUUCACAUCUUUUAUAUACGUGAAUUGAAUCUUGUACUUUUAUAUGUAUUAAGGAAAGAAAACAUGCAAAUAAAAAGAUAUACAAAACAAAGAAUGUUGUUCUUUGGCUUCUCUUACCACAUACAAUAGUUUGAACUAAGUCUGUGUUAUCUCAAAUUAUAGAUACAAUAUUUUAAACUCAGUC